CCGUAAGCCCUAGAAAGACUUGCAGAAAUGGGCAGGUUUAAAUUGGGAAAUAUUAACCCUGCCCAAUAUUUUCUUAGUCUUAUCAUAAAGCUUGGUGAGUAAACCUACUAACCUGGAACAAUGAAGUCAAAUCUUGUUGCCCUGUAUAUUUUUUUCUUGGCCAGUAUUUAUACUUCAGCAUUUGAUGACGAUGUGAACAGUGGCCCUUCGCCUGAACCAUCAGCCUGCCCAGAGCUCCCCAGCGUAGAAAAUGCAGAAGUUUCUACUACUUCUUUGAAAAGCACAUAUACUAAAGGGGAUUCAUUGACAUAUAACUGCCAACAGGGAUAUGUAGGAAAAGUAAUCUUUGUUUGUGAUGGACACAAAUGGGAAAAUACUCGAAAUGCUAAAUGUUCACGUAAACGAUGUCAGCUUCCUGAAGAUAUACCAAAUGGGCGAUUUACACUUAUAAAUGGCACUGAAUUUGUUUAUGGAGCCACUAUUAAAUACACAUGCAGAACAGGUUACCAGAUGGUGAGUCUGGUAGACACCAGGACAUGUUUGGCUGAGGGUUGGAACAACCACUUGCCUGAGUGUGAAGAAAUAGCAUGUUCUCCACCAGUAGUGAAGGAUAACAUCAUUGUGGAUGGACUUCCUGAUUAUGAUAGCAAACUGAGAACUGGACAUCAGUUAAAAUUCACUUGUGAUUCUACCGGACUUAUGUUAGUAGGGCCGAAAGAAGUCAUAUGUGGUGAAAAUGGAGAAUGGAGUAAUCAAUUCCCUAGAUGCGAAGAAGUCAUUUGUGAUCUUAAAGAGAUACAUGGCAGAGUUUCCGUGGUUGGGCUUCCACAAAAAAAUGCACCUAUCAAAUAUGGACAUAAGUUACAGUUCUACUGCUCUCAGCCAGGCAUGGUUCUAAGAGGAAACGAGGAGGUCACCUGCUCAAAUGAAGGACAUUGGAGCAGCCCAUUUCCCAUAUGUGAAGAGGUUACUUGCAAAGAAGAAGAACUCAAUAAUGUAAAAAUUGUUUAUGGAUUUCCAGGAGUUCUUCCACCAUUUAAACCUAAACAUUAUUUAACUUUCCAAUGCAUCAAUUAUGAUAUGAAUAUGAUAGGACAACCAUCAAUUACAUGCAGAGAAGAUGGAACAUGGAGUAGUCCAUACCCUAUAUGUUCAGUGAUCAAGGGUUGUGGCCCUCCGCCACACAUUGAAUUUGCAGAUGUAACUACUUUACAGAAGUCCUACUAUAGCUCUGGAGAAAGAGUUGAAUACAGGUGCCAACCGUACUACACUCUACAGGGGCAGUCCUUCAUGACCUGUGUACAAGGUACAUGGAAUGGAUUCAUGAGAUGUUUAAAACCCUGCAUUUUGACCAUAGAAGCAAUGGAUUCCCACAAGAUAAAGCAAUAUUAUGGGCAAAAAAGAACAAUGUACUCAAUGCAUAGAGAUCACAUUACCUUUGCAUGCCAGCCUGGAAGACGACCAAUAAGCAGUAAUUUGGCCUUCCGUCAGCAGUGCAAUGAUGGAGUAAUGCACUUGCCAUCUUGCUAUUGAAGUAGAUCAGGUUACUACUAAACUAAUGCUGAAGGAGUAUGUUUGUAAAUCCAAUUUAGAUGAAUUUUAAAUAAAUAUAGUUUGUAUUAAUUUCUUUUGAAGUAGAUAAAUUUCAGGUGUCACACUGACAAUAUCCAUAACAUCUCAGUGUCACUUGUAUAAAGUAAGUAUCAAGUAAUGUAGUAUUAAAACAUUGUUAUGGAAUGACAGGAAUGGUUGAGGUUGUUGAGAGGGAAUUGGAAUUGAUAUGCAGAUGUAAUCAUGUGACUUUAUGUGACAAUACGAAUUUAAUUACUUAACAAAUCUUCAGUCAUCUGUCAAAUGAUCUAAUUCAAUAAACUUUAUAACUUAUCAAAUA